UCUCAGAAAUCCUGUUUCCAUAGAGGUGGGAUCAGACGUGGUUUUAUCCAGUUUGUCCUCUGGUGCCCUGGAUGAGGCUUGGGCAGCAGUGCAGAGAGACCUGAGUGUGGACUCUGUGAAGCUGCAGGGCGCUUCAGCUGCACCUCCAGAUCUGAACAGAGUGAAGGAAAUCCUCAUCAAGGCCAAGAAAGAGGCAAACUGUCGAGACUUCAGAGUGGACGUCAGCUUCAUCCCAGGACCCGGUGGAACCUCAGAGACCAAAGUACGGUUGGUGGGCUACACUGAAAAUGUGAACAAGCUGAAAGAGGUUCUGCAUGACUACCAGAUGAAUCAGGCUGAGAUACAAGAAGUGCUGAACCUACCGCAUCCUGGGAUGGUUGACUGUUUUAAUAAUCUCUUGAGCCUGAUUGGGAUGAAGGAGACGAAAGUGACAUUAAAACCCUCACACUCCCCGCGUCCUUGUGUGCUCGUGUCUGGUCCCCGUUGUCAUGUCCAGGAGGUCCAGCGGGCCCUAACAUCAACUCUAGCCAGCCUGACGUUAGACACACUCGUUCUAGACGGACCAGGAGCUCAGCGGUACUUCCAGGCAGAGGGUAAAGUCAGCAAGGAUCUGGUAGAGAGCUCCUGUCAGGUCCUUAUCAGGGAACAACAAAGUGUGUACUCACCAGAUGUGAAAACCAAACCACGAAGCAUCAGCAGCCCCAGACCCAGCCCACGUUUCACACCCAGACAGCACAGCCACACUGUUGGGAGCAUCGCAGUCAACAAAACAAACCUGAAGAUCAAGCUCGGCAGUUUGGAGGAUGAGCAGGUGACCGUGUUGGUCGUUCCCAUGCUCAACAAACAGCUGACUUCUACUAAUAUCGGUAACAGUCUGUUGAAUAAAGCAGGAAAAAUAAUCCAGUCCAAUUUUAACUUGGUGGCAGCGAAUUGUACCAUCAGCCCUGGAGAUGUUCUGCAGGUCACUGGGCCUCCAACUCUCGGCUGCUCCAAGCUCUUCUUCAUUGAGUGCUUGCCUUGGGAUGGAGCCAGAGGGCAGAGUGCGCAGGCUCUCAGCAAUGGGCUGAAGAAGUGUUUGGACCUCUGUGAACAGCAGGGCUUGAGUUCAGUCGCGUUCCCGGUGAUCGGACCUGGAAUCGUGUUAAAAUACCCGCUGAGGGAAGCCACUGAACUCCUGACUGAGAGCAUUCACCAGUUUGGAUUAUCUGCAUCCCCUGGUUCUCUGACCACAAUCCAUGUCGUCAUCAAACCUGGCUAUCCUGACUCCGAGGAGUGCUUCCAUGAUGUCUACAGACAACUCAGCUGGAAUUUGAACCACGGAGGCCAAGCGAUCUUCAGCUCCCUCACCUCUGACCUUGAUGACAUCACAAUGACAGUGGGAGGUGGGGUUAAACUACAGCUGGUGUUUGGUGACAUCACUAAUGAGACUACAGAUGCCAUUGUGAAUACGACCGACUUCGUCAAUUUUCAGAACGAUGGCGUGUGCAAAGACAUCUUGACUGUAGCUGGAUCAGCGGUGGAGGCUCAACUGAGAGCAGCAAAAGUGAAAAGUGGCGAGGUGUUCAAAACUCAGUCUGGAUCAUUCCCUUGUAAAUCCAUUUUGCACGUGUGCGGACAAAGAGAUGCAGGCGUCACUGAGCAGGUGGUGUGUCGCAUCAUCCAACUUUGUGAAUCCUCUGGAUACAAAUCUGUGGCCAUUCCUGCGAUCAGUGCUGGAGCUGGUGGGCUGGACCCUGGUGUCGUGGCAGAUGCCAUCCUCAAAGGAGUCAAAACUGCCACAUCGACCACUCCCUUCCACUGUCUCACUGACAUCCGCCUCAUCCUGUUUAAGAUCAAUGUCUUCUUGGAGUUCAAAGAGGAAGCACUGCAGAAGUACCCCACUACUUUAUUCAACAGAGUGCCAGUACCUCAGCUGCCUCAUGUACAACAACAACAGCCACUGAGGUCUGUGAACGCAGACCUCAGCAUCCUCCACACCAGCUUCACGAAUCACAAGUCUGCCUUCCUGUUCCUGGGUCUUUGCAAACAGGAUGUCAACAGUGCCAUGACAAAGGUGAAGGAUCUGUAUCAGGCUCAGUGCUCCACACAAACCUUCGCAAAGGAGCAGCUGGAAGGCCUCACCGAGGAUGACAUUAAGGAUCUGAAACAGCUGGUGGAGACCAAGGGACUGUACAUGCAGACGGACCAGUCUGGCCAGGGCAGCUUAAUUGUGAGCGGGCUAAAAGAUGGGGUCAACGAGGUGACACAGAUGAUCAAUGUGUCACUGCACGGCAGCCUCAGGAGAGAGAUGAGAUCCAGAGAAGAGGAGGAUCUGUACACCCGUGUGUCUUGGUGCAUCCUGGGACGUAAUGGCACCUGGGAACGACUCCCCAAAACAGCCAAUCACAACUUGGAAACGAAUGAUUUAGCAUCAGGGAUUGUGGACGCACAGAGAACUCUGUGGACUGUGGAUCUGCAGAGGAUGGAAGCCACAAGACGAGGAACUAGACAGGUGGCGAAGUUAAAACGACUUGAGAAUCCGUCAGACUUCACCCUCCCUCUGUACUGGGACAACAUGGCUGCUGGGGAGAAUAAUGAGGUGGUUGCACUUCAGUCUUCCUCUGCAGAGUACCAGACAGUGAAGGAGACGUUCAAACGAACUGUCCCCAAGGCCGUAAUAAAGAUCGAGCGUUUGCAGAAUGUCCAUCUGCGUCGGGGCUACGAAGUGAAGAAGAAGCAGAUUUCUGAUAAGAACGCACAUAAGGGCGCAGGUGAAAAGCUUCUGUACCACGGGACGACCCAGGACAACUGUGACUCCAUCAUGAAGACUGGAUUCAACAGGAGCUUUGCUGGACAAAAUGCAACUGCGUAUGGACAUGGAACCUACUUUGCCGUAAAUGCCAGCUACUCAGCCCACCCCACCUACUCCAAGCCGGCUGCUGACGGUUCUCAGUUAAUGUUCGUGGCUCGAGUCCUGACUGGCGUCUACACCGCGGGCUACGCAGGCAUGAAGGUGCCGCCGCCUCUCAACGACCAGCAGCCACACGACCGCUACGACAGCGUGGUGGAUAAAAUAGACAACCCCAGCAUGUAUGUCGUGUUUCACGAUAGCCAAGCGUACCCGGAAUACCUCAUCACCUUCAAGUGACUGUGAGGGAAAGUUUAUGUGCAAGCUCAUAGGUGUAGAGGAAUUCUUAAGAAUAAAGUAAAAGAGAUGUUGACGUAUGUAGCGUUAUAGUUAUAAGUAAGACUGAAUUAAAUUAAAUUAAAUAUGUAAGGCCUAAAAUAAAGGAUAAAUUAAAGAAAAAACAUAUAUAGGAAGAUAGAUGUAAACAUUUGGUAAAUUCAGGGGAUAAAUAAAGUAUCUAUCUAUUUAUAAGUGUAAUUACUCUCCAAAAGGGGGAGACAAAGGUUCCUCACUUCAGGUUCAGUAAUGUUAAAUCAUUGAUGGUGCUAUUGUAAAGUUUAACACGUUGCUUCUAAUAAAAUAAAA